AUGAAUAAUGGUUAUGCAUGGGACGAGUUAUUAGCUCAAAGCAAGUCCGUAAUAAAUAACAAAGAAUCUGAAGGGACAACAGCGGUGAUAUAUUCUCCGUCGAGUAAAACGUUACAUCAAUUUAUAAACACUUGUUUUCCAGAGGGAACCAAUUCAAUAUUAGACACUGAUUUGAUUAAUUAUGCCACAAUAAAUUGGACCAAUAAUUUGGAACAAAGUUAUUGUUCAAAUGUGUACACAUUAGUCAAAAACACACGUGGUACAUUAGAUCUCCUGAAGCCUUUUCUACAAGAGCAUGCUUCGAAGAUUCACUGGCUCAUACUAUUAGACUGGUCGUUAAAUGAUCAAAAAUUGUGGUUAAAUGAACUAUCCAGUACAUUUAGUGAAAUAAAGCAACUGAAUGACAACAACGAAUUUUCCAUAUGGUGCUUAAACAGUAAUGAAAUUAUAAAUUUACAAAGAAACACCACAGCAUGGCAAUCAGUACAUAUCGACUUCAUUUUGCAAACGUUAAGAUCGUUUUGUUAUUUGAAUGAUAGCUCACUCUUCUACAUAUGUGAAGACCGUACAGAAGAAGAGGAUGAGGAAAUAGAGAGAGUUAAGUACCCAGAGGUUCUGAAACAUUUUAUUGAGGGUAGGGAUAUGAAGGAAUACGUUGAAAUGGUUAAGCGUAGCAGAAUAUCAAUACCGAAGGGUUGUGAUUCUAUUGGUUUAAUAAAAACAAUAGACGAAAGAUUUGAGCCCACUGUUGUGGGAGAGGACCUGUUUUUGGCCCGAUAUAUAGACUUUAUUCCGGAAAUGGAUGAAAUAACUGAUAACAAGAAAACAUGCACUGUUACUGAUCUUGAUAAACUCUAUCCCUUAGAUGCUUUCAGGGUAAAUAUUCAAGAGGAACUAGGCAAAAUGUUUACAAAACAAAAGGAAAAUUCGAAAAUAUAG